AUGGCCCUAGUGUCGCCGUGUCUAGAUCUCACGCGAGACCUCUAUCUACCGGAUCUACCGAAGCACACCACGCAUCUCUUCUCGAAUGGUCGCCGCUUAUUGUUACUUCCCAAUCUGGUGAUAUUGAUGCAAGGCUCCAUUGUUUCCAAACGGCUCACAUACGAUGAGGAAUUGAUCACUGCAUCAUAUGUGACCUUUGCGAAGAGCGGAAACAAUCCGGAGGUUGAGGCUCUUGUGGUAUGCUUGAAGCACAGUGCAUACAUCUACUAUCCUCAGGGCGCUUCGCAUAUAGUGAGCUUUCCAUUUACAGUGAAAGCCGCGUUCACAUUUGGAACAGGUCUUAUUUUAGAGCGAGAGAUAGACGGAAAGCUACUGACACCGACGGCUGGUGUAUACGAGCCUCGCUUCUUCACCUUAGUAGAUCCUCUAGGUGAACUAUGUGUGGUGACAUCGUCCUCGACCUCGGUGCUCUCAUCGCACGAGUCUGUAAUUUACUUCCCUGCUCGAGGGCUUAACAAGACUAGGUAUCUUUGCGCUACGUAUAAUUCCCGCUCUCGGUCAAUUAAUGUGUAUUACGUGAAAGCCUCAAUUCGGCACAAAGCUGUCAAUGGGGGCCAAUCCAUAAAGAAACGCAAGAACUUUUCUAUUUCAUCGCCAACAGCGGUCCGCAUAUUGGAAGACGAUUUGUACGAUGCAGUCGACUCCUCAAUGUCCCCUGUCACUGUGUCCAUGAACAUGGAGAAAAAGCGUACCAGCACACUUCUAUCAGGAAUCUCGUCAAUAGCACGUAUGGGCUCUGAAUCAACUAUUCCUGAGCUAAAAGUACCUCCGGUUAAGGGAAGUCUGGAGCUCGGGAAUCUACGAAAAAAUAUGAUCUGGACAAAGGUAGGUCUGUUUCAAAACAAGUCCAAGCGCCUGCAUUUGUGUGUAUCCGGCCUUCAUUAUGAAGGCAAGGAAGCCUUGGUAAUCAGUAAUCGCUUAACACAAGAGACCAAAGUUUACAUCUAUAAACAGCUCUCGGGAAACAUUCCUACUUACGAGUGCUCAUAUCAAACAAAAUGCUUACAUGCAUAUCCACUCGAUCAUCUGGAUCUUCCUGGUUGGCUAGUUCUACUUAACACUGACUCGCUGCUUCAAUUAAUACAUCCCGUACUCGAAAUCGAGUCACCGCCCAUACCUUUCGCAGGUAAACUUCCGAGCAUGUCUAUGAUAGCUAGCUCAUAUCAGAGCACUUUGGCGAUUAGAAGCAAUACUGAAAACAGAAAAACUUACCUACUCAAUUUGGUUCUCGAGCCUUCAAAUACUGUGGUAUCGCUAUGUUUGAAAGCAUGGCAAUAUUUGUCGGGAUCAAAAAUAAACGAGCAGGUGAAGGUCAUUUGGCGUGCAGCAUACAUGCGAGAUGAACUCAAAGAUGAGUGGAAUGCCUAUGUGGUGACAAUACUCAGUUUAAUUUAUCCAUUCGAGGAACAACAAGAGUCAAUAUCGGUGCACAAUGAGAUCACAGAGUUACUUGACUCAGCCCGCGUGAUUCAUGAUCAGUUUCACAUAAACUACUCAUUUUAUGAUCUUCUCCCUUUUAUCGUUGUUUCUCUACAUCUAAUUUAUGAAGAAGUGAAACUUAAUAGCCUCAACUCCAGUUUUACCAACAAACUCGGUACCCUUUUAACACAACUCGUUGUUUGGAUGGGAUGGCUGGAACAAUGGACCAAUUACUACAUGAUAGAUCAAGAGUAUAUAGACCGCCAUGUGCGCUUGCUUCUGAUUGUUUUGGUUCACCAGCCUCCAGAUCUCUUCAGGUAUCUUACCUCAUUGUUCAGCAGGAACGUUGAACCAUAUUUGCAAUUCUCCCAACUUGUGGAAGAAAGUGAAGAGAUCAAUCGGGUCAUUACACCAACGACUCAUAUUGUGUGCACAUUAUUUGAGAUUCUCCUGACAAGCCGCAUGGAGUCAGAAGCGAUAAUCAAGGCAAUGAGAGAAUUCAAAAUCACACCAAGCUUCUUGGAAACUCUUCCUGCGGGUCUAAGCUUGCCUUUAAAGAACUAUUUGCUGUAUUGUCAAAAUAACCCACAACUACAAUGGGCCACAACUGCUCUCGAGCUUGCUGGCAGACGAGACUUGACAGCGCUCCUUCAACCAGACUCGAGCUAUUGCGAUAUACCACAAGAAAACAAAAUGAUUUCCAGUACUGUUGGUCGAGAUGCCCGUUCUUUAUUGGGCUCUGUUGCUAGCGGCACAGAUAGCUUCUUGCCAUGGGAUGGACAAUCCGAGGCUGAUAGAAUCCAAAUAACAAAACUCAUUUUCGAUAAAGAUCGUCGUUAUUACGAAAUCACAAGCUUGCUACAUCAAACGAGAACUCAAACGGCUACAAUAGCAUUAGAUGAAGACACAAAUGAGUACAAUUUGACCAUUCUUAGAAGAACCAUCGCUGCAUUAGUUGGUGUGCGUACUGUUACUAUUCCGUUGGGCAGAGCUGCUUUGUUUUACAGCGGAAGAAUGCCUUUCUUGACUGAAAAGUUUCCGAUUCCAAAGUUUAAUCUCAAUACUUUGAUAUCCCCGUCCAUGACGACUAUCGUCCUACAAGAAGACUCAAUUAAUGCAAAGGUUAUGGAAUGGGGGCAUUUCCAUAAUGGUGUAUCUUCGGGAUUAAGUAUCAGUCCCCAUUCCAAGGGAAUUACUGGGAGCUGGGUUAACUUCAACAAACCUAAAGAAAACAAUGCGCAACAUGCCGGGUUUUUAUUGGGAUUAGGUUUAAAUGGACAUCUUAAAAAAUUAGAGGAGUGGCAUAUAUAUAAUUACCUCGGCCCCAAGCACCCAUUGACAAGUGUGGGUCUUCUAAUUGGUAUGGCGGCAAGUUUAAGAGCUUCGAAGGAUAACAAACUCACAAAAGUUCUCUCUGUUCACGCAGUUGCACUACUUCCACAAGGUGCAAAUGAUUUAAAUGUUCCCUUGAUUGUCCAGGCGGCAGGUCUCAUUGGAAUUGGACUCCUUUAUUUGGAAACUCAACAUAGAAGAAUGAGCGAAAUUCUCUUGCUUCAAGUGGGAGAACAGUGUGCUCAUGCUGAAAGCUUCGAGGAACAAGAAAGUUACCGACUCGCUGCUGGUAUAGGUCUUGGUCUCAUUAAUUUAGGAAAAGGAAAUGACUUGAAGGGUCUAAGCGGUACAAACGUCGUGGACCUUUUACUCUCUUACGCAAUCUCUAUCAGAGAUUCCCAUUCAAACUAUGAUAUGGACAAGUCAGGCUCAGGUUCCAUUCUAGCUCUCGGAUUUAUCUACUUGCGGACUGAGAACAGGGCCAUCGCUUCCAAGUUGGCAAUUCCGGAGUCCGAGCCACUCCUUGAUUAUGUGCGCCCAGAUCUUCUUCUUUUGAGAUGUUUGGCUCAAAACCUCAUCAUGUGGGACUCCAUUAAAGGCACCAGAGAAUGGAUCGAAAGUCAAAUUCCAAACGUCAUGAGACAAAAAUACAAGAUAAGUAAGAUCAGAGUUCUUGACAGUGACCAGAUUUCCUACUUUUAUGUUCUUGCCGGAGCAUGUCUCUCUCUUGCAAUCAAAUUUGCAUCAUCCCAAAACCAUCAAGCACGCGAUGCACUUUUGUAUUACUUGGACAUAUGUAUAAAUCUUUCCGGGACGUAUGCUGAAAAUUACGACCAGAAGAUUGCGCUUGGGAGUUUAAAUCAAUUGGAGAAUAUCUUAGGUAUAUCUGUUGCGGUGGUCAUGGCUGGAAGUGGUGACUUAGAUGUAUUCAGACGUUUAAGAGUUCUUCAUGGUCGAAUUGAUGAGCUGGUAGAUUUUGGCAGCCAUAUGGCCUAUAGUAUGGCCCUUGGUCAAUUGUUCCUUGGUGGGGGACAGUACGGGUUUGCAAAAAACAAUUUUGCCAUUGCUGCCUUGGUCAUUUCUCUCUACCCGGUAUAUCCAAAUGAGGGCAGUGACCAUGAAGUACAUUUGCAGGCAUUGCGACACUUUUGGGCGCUUUCUGUUGAGCUUCGAUGCCUUGUCGUUAGAGAUGUUGAAGAUGGUUCACCCGUCAAAGUGCCUGUCAAAAUAAGCUAUCGUGGCGGCAGCUGUAAACAAGUUUAUUCACCUUGCUUGUUGCCAUGCCUAGAUGAAAUUGCAUUCAUUGAGGUGAAUUCACCUGAAUAUUUCAAUGUCAAGAUCGAUUUCUCGGUCAACUCGGAAUACUUGGAACGGUUUAAGAGCUCUUUGGUAGUGUAUGUGCUUGAGAAACGGAAUUACGAAACACUCAAAGUAUCGAUGACUGCUCUUUUGGAGAAUAGUAAGCAGUCACUGAUGCAAGACCCCAAGAAAGAGGGAAGGCACAGCGAGAACACCAAAAGUAUUCUUGAAAGCAAAGUGGCCCACAGUCUCUCACUGUUUGACAAGGGAGUCUACGUUCAUGCUAAUGAUUGUGAAAUGCAAGACUUGGAAAUGCACGCAAUCAACUCAGGGUUAUCGAUCUACAACAUAUUUAACAGCAAAAUAGAGCUCGACGCCAUGUCUACAAGGCCCAAACGUGCAGAAGAAAUCGCAGACCUCUCGCUCCUAUUCGCCUAUACGGAUCACCUCUUGAGUCUGGACCUCUUCUACCUCGAUGCAAGCUUCAUAGAGCGCCUCAAACGAAAUGUGAGACAGCUAAUUCACCUGCAGGCGGCCGCAUGA